AUGUCAAAACGCAAAAAAGUUUUAUCCGGUGCGGACCUGCAAAAAAUUGCAAACGAACUAGUUUUUGAAAAUGAAAAUAGUGCUUCAGAUUUCGACUCCGAUGAUUCCGUGACGGAUCCAGUAUGGAAAAUUGAUCCUAAGAAAAAUCCAGUUUCUCAACAAGAUUCAGAAGAAUCAUCUGACGAGGAAUUCAAUGACAAUAAUGAUAUCGAAAAUGUUCUUCGGGGAAUGGUUUUGGAAGAAGUUGCAAAAGAGGAAGAAGAGAAUGACACCAUGACAGAUGAAGAAGUGUUGUCAUUGAAUUCUGGUUGGACUGAAUAUAUAAAAGCAAACGAAAUUGGUAAAAUAUGUGUAAAAGAUCCAAGUUUCACAGGUGUUCUCAACUGUGGGGUUGAAACAUUACUUAAAGUUCUCGAUCAAGCCGUUGUUACGAAAAAUAUUGAGGUUUUCCCUGGAUUAUCCAUUGUAAGAGAUUCAUCAACUUAUUUGAGGACAUCUAAAGAGUUUCGUGAGCAGUUACCUUCAAACUCAAGCGAAAGAUAUGAAAACCUUUUCAAUUUACUUUUGAGAGCUACAAAAAGGUUUAUAGAAGGAAGAAGUCUGCAGAUAAAAUUAUCCAACAGAACGGUUGAGAGUGUAGCUAGAGUUUUAGAAGAAGGCAAGUAA